AUGUAAUUAAAUUUAUCUUAAAUAGAAAUUAUUGAUGAUGAAUAUGAAUUAAGUCUUUUAAGAAAAGUAAAUGGGUCACAAGAUAGUAAUGGAGAAUUUUAUUGUUCACCUAGUGAUAUGGAAUAUUAUGCAUAAAAAACUUUGCUUUAUAUUGAAAUCUGUCAAAGCAAUAAUAAUAUGGAAAAUAAUGUACUUAUUUUCUUAUAAAAUAUUGUUUUAGAAGAUAUAAAUUUUUGA